AUGCCUCGCAGGACGACCACUCCGCCCACCCCCAGCCCGUCGAACGGGCAAAGUGACACCGCCUCGCUCUACUCUACUCCAGUCAAUCGCCGGCCCUCACCCGACCCGUCUUCGGCUUCCACCGUCCGCGGUGGCGGCGCCCAUCGCACACCCCGGGGCGCUCAGGAGACCGAGGCCGCCGCCGAAUUCCUCAAUCUACUGUCUUGUGCGCAGCAACAUACCCACGCCUUCCGCGUCCACUCGCCGGAGCGUGCUCCUCAUUCCACUCUCUUGUGGACUGGCCAAUCCGCCUCAUCCGGCUUCUUCCCUUACAAUGAGCAUCACGCGAUACCCCCGUCAGUCUACCUCAAGGUCUUCGGUAAUCUCGAUGCGAACGAUCCGGGCUGGGAAUGCGGUCCGUACGCCCGUCACACGAUGGUUGACCAUAUCAACGGCAAAAUGCGGCAGGGACUCAUCAAUAUCCCUAGUCGGCUGGAGGAGCGUCCUGGAACGCCCAAGGACGAAAAGAGCCCUUGGAUCAGCGGGACCCGCAGCCUCAUGUGGGCGAUAUGGGAGGUGGCGCGUCGGCUGGCGUGGGGAGAGGAUGUCGUCGGCCUCGCAGUCAUCAAAUGCGGUCACGAUGUGAGCAGCGUGGAGGACGAUCAAACGGAGGACGAGAAGGGACUGAGCGAGCUGCAAAAGUGGAAGCGGGCGGAUGCGAGAAGGAAGCGGGGCUGGAUCGGCAAGGAACUCCUCUACAGCCCACUUCGACCCAUCGCGGGGGCGAUCGGAAUGGCAAGGGCGGGCGAUAUGUCGGUCAGCAUGAAGGAGGCGUACGAGUGUGCACUGCGUGCCGCCAGGGAGAGUGAGGAGGUCUUGUGGUAUGCGAGAGUUUUUGCGGAGAGUAUCGAGCGGAACAUUGAGUUCAGCGCUGAACAACUCCCUCUCGACCUCCCUCCGCAGUUCUGGCUCGCUCGCCGAUCCUCUCCGAGCCGACAACCGUCCCCGCCGUCCACCAAACCGGCAGCCAAAGGCAAGAUACCCUGGACCGAGACCAAAGGCAAAGGGGGAGACAAGGCGCUUCAGGGCUGGCUGUCCCGCCUGGUCUGGGAUCCAAGGGAGGAUGAGUACGAUCGGGCGGUGCAGAAGGUGGUGGAUCGGCGGAGGCAGCUGUGUAUCUCGCGCGGCGUGCCAAGGGAGCAAUGUCCGCUCAAUCCGAUCUAA